GCGAUGAUGAUGGUGAAGAGUUCAAUUCUGAUAUGGGAGGCCUUUGGCGCCUCUUUAUCUGGGUAGCCUGGAGGCGACGCGUGCAAGCACGCUCUUCAAAUCUUAUCCCGCACAUACCGUAUCGACUCUUGUUACAACCGCCGCUGUGCAGGAGAAACUCUAUGUUCCCUCGUAGCGCCAGGCUUCCAUCUCGUCAAAGCAUCGUUGAGGGCGGGGUUAUUCGACCCAAUGUCUUCUUAAUUAACGGUCGUUAGAUCAUACAAACGCAUUCCGAAUACUAGCAUUGGACAGUCUGACUUUGA